AUGUUUUCUGUACGAAGAAUUACGAAAGAAUCGAUCCGAUCUUUCAUUUCUGUUGUAACUUUUCUCCUGUCGGUUCUAAUUAUUACACGUACGUAUCCAUGUCGUCCUAUUGUUUACAUAUUCAUCAGCAAUAAUGGCUCGAAUUAUUCCUUCACUGCUGAUUUCUAUCCUCACAUAGCUGUUUUAGUAGAAUUCCGUGAAACUGAUCGAAUGGUUGCCGUUGUUCACAAUGUUCUCCAGCAUAUACCUGAAACAUGGCCCAUUCAAAUAGUUCAUGGGAAAGAAAAUGUAAAUUUCAUUCGUAAUUCAACUCUUGCUUCUUUCAUUGCAACGGGCAAAGUUUUUCUGACAUUAGUCGAAUCGAUUGAUGAUAAACGAAGAAUUAACAAUUUUCUAACCGAUCUAAACUUCUGGAAGUUAGUUCGUGGCGAGAAAGUUCUUUUCUUUCAAAUCGAUUCGAUCAUGUGUUCGAAUUCUCCGCAUUACGUAACUGAUUAUCUUCAGUACGAUUACGUAGGUGCACCAUGGGAUCUUACCGGCUUCCAGUAUAAUAAAACUUAUCGUGUUGGUAACGGUGGAUUUUCCUUACGUAGUCGUGAGAAAACAUUAGCGUUACUGAAAAUGUUUCCUUACAAUUCCUUUCUACCUGAAGAUGUUUGGUAUGCAGAAAACUUUCAUCGUGUAAAUGCAUCGAUUGCUCCAGUGAACAUUGCCAAGACAUUCUCCGUUGAAUCCAUGUUCUAUGCACGGCCUGUCGGGGUACAUCAAUUUCCAUGGAAUUGUAAAUUUCGAAGACAACUACGUGAAACAUGUCCCGAGUCAAUAAUGGUUUUACCGAAUGGACGAUGUUGA